GUCAUCGCUUUGCGCCCGGUGCGACGCUUCGGCUUGAAAAUCAUGGCGGCGGUGGAUAUACGAGAUAAUCUCCUGGGAAUUUCCUGGGUUGAUAGUUCCUGGAUUCCAAUAUUAAACAGUGGAAGUGUAUUGGACUACUUCUCAGAACGUAGUAACCCAUUUUACGAUAGAACAUGCAACAACGAAAUGGUCAAAAUGCAACGAGUAACCUUGGACCACUUGAACCAAAUGGUUGGUGUAGAAUAUAUUCUUCUCCAUGCACAAGAGCCUAUUUUGUUCAUCAUUCGUAAGCAGCAAAGACAAUCCCCCGCUCAAGUUAUUCCAUUGGCUGAUUAUUACAUUAUUGCUGGAGUGAUUUAUCAGGCACCUGAUUUGGGGUCAGUUGUAAACUCUAGAGCGCUCAGUGCAGUACAUGGAAUCCAGUCAGCUUUUGAGGAAGCCUUGUCCUACUGCCGCUAUCACCCAUCCAAAGGCUAUUGGUGGCAUUUCAAAGAUCAAGAAGAACGAGAUAAAACCAAACCCAAAGCUAAGAAGAAGGAAGAACCAAGCUCUAUUUUCCAGAGGCAACGUGUAGAUGCGCUACUUCUUGAUUUGCGGCAAAAGUUUCCCCCUAAAUUUGUGCAGCAAAAACCUGGAGAAAAACCCAUCCCAGUGGAUCAGAUCAAAAAGGAGCCUGAGCCAGCCCCUGAAGCUGUCAAGCAAGAGGAGAAAGAGGCUGCCAAGAUCACUCAGCAGAGCACUAGCUCCAAAGGCCCGCCAGAGAAAAGGAUGAGAUUGCAAUGAGAAGUGGUACAAUGACACUCCAAUAUACAAGAAAUAAAUUAGUAAAUUAUAUUUCUUCCCUGUCAUUGUGGUCUGAAUACUGCCCUGAGGACUACAACAUUUAAAGGCUUAAACAUAUGAAAUUGUGUUUUCUCCUUUGAAUUGAACCGCUUACCCUGAAUUAAAUAUUCAGAAAGCUGUUAGCAAACCGUUUGGUGCAGACAGGAAGGAAUGGCACAUCCCCUUGCUAUUUUACUGUUCACAGCUCAGUUUCACUUGAUGUAUUUUUUCCAUCAUCAAAAUCCAUUAUUUUCCAAGCCAUGAGUAGGUGGCUUUUCUUUGAAUGAAACUUCCCCUUUUUCAUAAAGCAUAGAUCUUGGUAUAAGUGCUUUGGGGAAGACUGCUUCUUCUGGCUCUGAUUAGUAGAUGUGCCUUUAAAACGGGAGAGCAACGAUUACCUGUUGGGCUUAUAUGGAGAAAGGUGCAAACUGUAUUUUGGUACUGAAGAAUGAAGAUGUCUGCUGUAGAUAAGACAGUUUGCAUAACUGCUUUGUAAAAUCCAUAUAAAUGGAUUUCAGAGUCAUGGUAAAUUGCCUAUGCUCCUUGAUCUUUCUCUUAACACACUAUAUACCUUGAACAUUCACUCUUUCUAACAAUACCGGGUUAUGAGUUCAUGAUGUCAAAUAAAAAUGCUUUGUAUUUUUUUUAAAUGAUACAGAGGGCUGGCUGAAUAAACAUGAUUACAUUUUUCUGAACUUGAAAUUGUCAUCUUCCUGAUACACCCCCUCCCCCAAAUUAGACUCAUAAAAAGAGGAUAAAUUAGGAAGGGUUGGCGUGCUAUGCUACUCUUUUUGUCCAUCUGAUGGCAUAGUACUUGCAUUGGCAAAUGGAGGUCAGUAACCAGUGGCUGAAUUUAGUUGGGUUGCAGUAGUAUUCUGUGGACUUUCUGUUUAACAGCCAAGUGUGGUCCUUCAGGUAUGGAACAGAUUGUGCCCAGAACAUAGUUUACAUUUCACUGCUUUCAGCAGCCAUUAACUACUUAGAUACGGUGCCUGGUAAUAAAAAGUAAACCAUCAUUUUAUAAAUUUUGUGCUGUUCGGAACUCUUUCUGUUUUUAACCUUUCUGAAAUGCUUUAUAACUGAGGAAUCAACAUGUCAGACCACAACUGUAGUGGCAACUGCUUACACUGAAGACAUUUGUUUGUGUGGUAUCUCCAGUUUGUAAAUGGUAUAUUGUUUUAAUUGAUAGGA